CGAAGCUUUAAUGUGACCUUUUUCACGCCUAUACACGGGAGCGAAGGAAAUAAAGAGAGGAAGGAAGAAACCAGAAAUCUAUCACGCAUAAGCCUGUUCAAUUGUCGCCACUGCACAUAAUGCCAAGUUAAUAAAGGAAAAAUUUAUAUUUAUGUGGAUGACGUGCUAGCACAAUUGUCAGCGCCUCGUGACGUCUUUGCUGCCACGGCUGAAGACAUAUCAUGUGUGUUCACCUCGGUAUCCACGCACAACGGCUCACUUUUCAACCACAAGUACAGCAUCUGCAAGUUCGGCAAUGCUCAGCCACGCCCUCGCACUUCUCUGGGCAAAUUAUAAACUAUAUCGCUAUCAGAAACUCAAAUUAUCUUGGUAUUGUGCGGCAUCACGGCAUUGUACGACGGUCGAAUAGGCAUACGUGCACUAUAGAUUUCUGCUUUAUUCCUUCCUUUCAUUUUUAUUUCCCCUGUUCCACUGCUAAGUAUGAACAAGUUGACAAUUAUACUCCAAUCAGCAGUUUGCGCAUGCAUUGUGUCUCCGUUUCAUUGUGCAAAAAGUAGUAGUCAUGGAUGACCACAAAGUAGCCUGAACCCAGACGCCCAGUUCUCCAUACUGUUGAUCAGAAGUGAGACAUGAGACUUUUGCACCUUGUUGCGCCCCUCGCCCCCUUACACCAGCGUUGCCUGCAGACGUAUCUUUGCGAGGUGUACGGCCAUUUGUGGGGACAGCGCCAUGCAGCCGACCAACUUAGCGCGGCUUAACGGUCAUUCGGAGACGCCUUUUUGUGUCAGCGUUUAUGUUAUACUGCGUUUUGUACGGAUAUUAGUGGGCUAAGGAGGGCUUCAACUCUGACAAAUUAUCCCAAUAGGCGCUUGUACUGAUUUUAAAGCUGGAUUUCCGUUAAUAAAGACACUGUCAAGGUAAAGGCAACGUGGCCCACUUUUUUUUUUUUUUUAAUCGGAGCGUAUGUGCGGUGUUCGAGCGUUUUGCGUAUGAUAUGGAAGAUGCAAAGAUGUUCUCAAGAUGACACCCAUUACCGGAGUCUAGCGCUAGCAUGCGUUCCUUCGCACUUGACAUUCAAUUUAACGACGACCAGUGGGGCAUUAAGUUUGUAUUUAUAUUCUCCUUCCACCGCAGGAGCCAUGGCGCACGUGGGCUGGGCCCUGUUCAAGAUGCCGGGAAAGAGGCGCUGCCUACGCAAGCUCAACGGCUGCCUGGGUUGUCGACAUCCUCUGUUGCCGCUGCUGGUGCUGGCGCUGCUCGGUGUGCUGGCGCUGCUGUACAGGGGUCGCCGCGACUGGUCCGAGGACCAGUGGGUGUCGCUGGCGCCGAAACGGCUGCUGGUGUACUCGGCCUGGGCCGAGCCGCGCGGCGACGUGCACGAGGUGCGCGUCAUCGCUCUGCUGGCUCCUCGCGGGGCACUCCGGGGGCGCCUGCUCUGCACGCUCGCCUACCUCAACUACUCGCACGUGCAGGUAGUGGCUGCCCGCGUCGAGCCUCUGAACGCCACGGUGCUGACGGGUCACGCGACGGGCCACUCGCUCGAGCCGGGGUUCGUGUUCUGUCCGGGCGACCCGCAGCUGCAGGCCGACGAAGUGGGUCUACGCCUGGUCGACACGAGCCGCGUCCACUGGCUACCCGUGGGACACGCGCCUUCGACCGUCGCCGACCUCCCCCCGCUACCAACGGCGUACCAGCCGCCACUGUCCGAGCUGGCAACGUCCCGGCCACCAAGUUGAGGGCAGUGGUGUGCGCGCUGUCCGUAUUCGACGCGGCGACGGAGGACCUGCUGCUCGGGGAGUUCGUGGCCCACUACACAGAGCUAGGCGCCACGCACUUCAUCUUCUACAACCGGACGCAGUCGCGACGAGCUCGAACGUUCUUUGGAGCCCUCACUACGGUGGUCUCCGUGGAGUACCUGCCUUGGACUCGCCAUGACGCACGCUCUCUAUUGGCGUACGACUGCGCGCUGCGGAUGCGUGGCCGUGCCGACGUCCUGGCGGCCGUUGACACGGACGAACGGCUGGUCCCGUGGCGCGUGUUGGCCCAAGGCGCCGUGAGCCAGGAAAGCGGUGGAGACGACGCGGCCGACUGGAGGUUGUCCGACGUUCGGGGGUCGCUGCUGCGUAUGUCACGGAAGACCUUCUGCGGAGCGGACGGCGACGUCUCUCAGGGCGCGGCCAUGUUGUUGUCGCGCCACCGCAGGCUAGGUGACGUCCAAGCCGCCGGAGUGGUGGUCGCCGACCUGGACGCGCUGCUCGCCGGCACGCUGGCUCGCACCACUCCAAACGAGUGCUCGUACACAGGUAUUCCGAUGAAGAGUGUCCCGCCGGUGCAGUAGUGGUAGACAUGUCCGCAGCCGUAGUCGUGCGUCGGACGCUGUCGUCGCAGGCCAUGAUCCUGUGGAGGGCGUUGUUCGUCAGCUGAGACUCGCCCCCCCGGGACAGAACGCAGUGCACGCAGCCACGGAGGACAGACAGCUUAGUCGAGCGUUCGCUGCCUCGGCGCAGCCUCGACGACUCGAACUGCUGCUGGCUGUCGGCGUGCUCAUUCCUCGAAGACGUUUGUGCGUGUGUGUUCGCGUGUGUGUUUGUGCGUGCUUCUUGUGUUUCUGUGUGUCGCCAAAGCAAAAAAAAAAGAAAAAGAAACUGCGCGAAGACGUU